AUGUCCCACGCACACGGGAUACCCAAGCACCGCCAGCUGCCAGACAAGGAGGCAAAGCUCUUCAAGGAGCUCUUGGUGCGUUUCUCCAAUGGCCCCUUCCAAGUCUCCCCCUCGUCUUCGAUAACAUUGCUGACGGUCCUCGAGACUUACUAUGAGCUCAAGCAGUACAAGAAGGGCCUCAAGGCUGCCGACACCAUCUUGAAAAAGUUCCCCAACCAUGGUGAAACCAUUGCGCUCAAGGCCCUCACCCUCCACUCGUCGCUCCCCUUCCCCGCGACCGCUGCUUCGGUGCCCAAGGCUGAGGAGGCCGAGGCCAUGGCCCGCACUGCCGUCAAGAAGGACAUUACCUCGCACAUUACGUGGCACGUGAUGGGUAUCCUCGCCAAGCAGCGCCGCGACUGGGCCGAGGCUUCUAAGGCAUUCGCCAUGGCGCGUAAGCAGGACCCGGACAACAUCCCCGUGCUCCGCGACGCCAUUGCCCUCUCGACCCACACUCGCCAGUACCAGGCCGCUCUCGAGUCGCGCCACCACUACCUCCUUCUCCGCCCCCAGAUCCGCAGCUCAUGGCUCGGCCUCAUGAUCAGCCACGAGCUCACCGGCGACUAUGAUGAGGCGAUCCGUGUCUACGACGGUCUCCAGGCCACGCUGAACAAGGACGGCGCUACCGCUCCCGAAAAGGCCCAGACCCUCAUGCACGUUAUCCGUCUCUGCAUCAAGGCUGGCAAGUAUGACGACGCGAUGGACCGCCUUGAGAAGGGUCUCCGCGAGGAUGUCAUUUCGGCUACCGGCGAGGCGAGCCAGAUCAAGGCUCAGAUUCUCCUCGAGCUUGGGCGUAAGGACGAGGCUGAGGCGGCAUACCGCGCUCUCCUGGAGCAGAACGCCGACAACCUCGAGUACUACAGGGCCUUGCUCCGCAACCGUGGCCAGGACAUCUCCAAGGCUCUCGAUGCCGAGACCACAGCAGCCGUCCUCAAGACGCUUGUCGAGUUUGGCGAGACCUACCCCCGUUCGUCGGCUCCCCGCCGCCUCGCGCUGGAUGUGGCUACUGGCGACGAGUUCCGCUCGCUUGUUCGCGACUACAUCGUCCGCGGCCUCGAGCGCGGCGUCCCUUCGCUCUUUGUGGACGUCAAGGGCGUCUACGCCGAUGCUGCCAAGAUGGUCACGGUCGGUGAGGUCGUGGAGGAGAUUGUCUCCAAGCUCGAGGCGGAGGCUAGCCUCCACGGUGACGACACCAUCCCCCCUCCUACCACUCUCCUUUGGGCCUACUACUUCCUUGCUCUCCAUCUGAGCCACCGUCUCCAGCCCACUCCCGACCACGCCCGUGCCCUCGAGCUCCUCGACAUUGCGCUGGCCCACACCCCUACCCUGCCUGAGAUUUACAUGGCCAAGGCCAUGGUUCUCAAGCGCGCCGGUGACGCCCAGGCGGCUGCCGAGGCUAUGGAGGACGCCCGUCUGCUUGACGGCCAGGACCGUUUCCUGAACGGCAAGGCCGCCAAGUACUGGCUGCGUGCUGGCAACGUGGAAAAGGCCGAGGAGCUGCUGGCCAUGUUCACCAAAAAGGACAUGACCGCCGUUGCGGACCUGACCGACAUGCAGAGCCUGUGGUUCCUCACCGAGGAAGGCGACGCGUACAACCGUGCUGGUGCUCUUGCCAUGGCGCUGAAGCGCUACCAGUCGCUUGUGACCGUGUUCCAAGAGUACGAGGACGACCAGUACGACUUCCACUCGUACUGCCUGCGCCGGAUGACCCUGGGCGCUUACAUUGCUCUGAUCAAGUACGAGGACCAGCUGAGGACUCACCCUGCCUUUUUCAGCACUGCCCUGUCCGCCAUUGACAUUUACGUCCGCAUCGCCGACGACCCGUCGCUCACGGUCGAAAAGCUCACUCCCGAGGAGGAGGCCGAGAGGAAAAAGGCGGCCAAGAAGGCGGCCAAGGCCGAGCAAAAGGCCAAAAAGGCCGCUGCGGCUACUGGCGACAAGAAGGACGAGGCGCCUGCUCCCGACGCCGACCCCCGUGGCGAAAAGCUCAUUGCUACCGAGACCCCGAUCGACGACGCGCUCAAGCUCUGGGCUCCCCUCGAGGCGCACCACCCCGAGAGGACAGAGACGUGGCUGGCGGGUUACGAGCUGCACGUUAGGAAAGGACAGUUUGCGCGUGCCCUGCGUGACCUCCGUGAGGCUUCGGCGAUUGACAAGAACGCCCCCGGUCUCCUCCCUGCCCUUGUCGACUUGCGUCAACGGGCUACCACCAUCCCUGCCGGCCCCGUCAAGGCGGCCAUUGACGAGGUCCUCCCCACCCUCAUCUCGGACAAGAGCGCCGCCGACCUCGUGGCCACGUGGCCCGCGCCGACCGCGGCGCACGUCCUCGCCUCGGCACGCACCCUCAAGGCUGCGGGUGCGUCGUCUGCCGACGUCGCUGGCGUCCUCGCCCGCCUCACCGAGGUGACGCCCUCCAUCUCGGACAUGCGCACCGCCCUCACCAUCGUGGACGGUGCCGAGCGCGACUCGCUCCGUGCGGCCUUCCACAAGCGUCUGCCCCUGGCCUUUGUCUUUGCGUCGGCCGAGGACAAGGCGGCGCGCGCUGCCCAGGUCGCUGCGGCCGCUGAGCCUGCCGUGGAGGGCAAGACGGAUGUUUAA